AUGGCUCGGUCACUUGCUUGGUCGACGUGGCAGCGCGGCUUUGCUGAGCCGUCGCAGGAAUUAGAACCAGGCUGGGCCGACGAAACAUACUUUGAAUCUGAGAGUGGCCAGCAUGCACACUAUUCAGUCUCCGAUCCUGGCGAGAAGCCAACGUCGACGGUGGCGAAUGAGUUUGGCCUCACCAGUCUGCGCAGCUGGCCCGGCUUGUACAACGGCACUCAGGGAGGACAGGCCUUGCCAUCUUGGUGGAAGCCAUCCAGCGAGGUUGAUGUCUUGAUUUGUGGCGGCGGACCUUUCGGUCUGGCCGUGGCGUUGAACUUGGCGAGACAGGGGGUUUCGUUUCGCAUAGUCGACAAAGCCGAAGGCCCCUGCCACUCGGGCCGCGCCGACUCGGUGCAGCCCCGGGCCCUUGAGUACCUCCACGCCUGGGGCCUCGGCGAUGAGGUCUCAGAAGAAGGUCCCAUCAUCAACGAGCUGAUCAUGCACCGCGAUGGCGUCAAGCUGGUGCACUCUUACAACCUGCAGUCGGACUCGCGGUACCGGGGCAACCACGUGGCGACACAGGGGCAGAUCGAGAAGAUCUACGUGCGCGACCUGCUGCGACACAAGGUGCUCGUCGAGCGGCAGACUACUGUGUCGGGGUUCGAGGUUGCAGAUGAUGCGGACGCUGUAACUCAUCCUGUCACGGCUAAGGUGACGAGCCUUCAGACGGGCAAGGAGGAGGUCGUCAAAGCUAAGUAUCUGGUCGGGGCUGAUGGGGCGGCUAGUAAGGUUCGUGAGUUCUUGGGCAUGCCUUUUGAUGGCUUGGCGACGGAUUGCUUCUUUACUAUUAUGGAUUGUGAGGUUAAGACGGACUACCCGUACAUUCUGGACUUCAGCAUGGUAAUUAGCACGGAACACGGUGGUGUCAUUAUCGUGCCUCGGGAGCAAGGCGUAACGAGGGUUUAUGUCCAAGUUACCGGCGAAAAGGCGGCCCAGGUUGCCGAGGCGCGAAGACGCAAGCGAGAGAAUCAUUCGACGGUUGGCGAGACCCAGGUGUAUGACCACGGUAUCACACCUGAAGAGGCCAAAGAGCAGCUGAACAAGAUCAUGGCGCCUUGGAAGAUUGAUUUUGCUGGGCCCAUGAGUUGGUUUGCCGUCUGGCGGGUCAAUGAACGAGUAGCUCGAUCCUUCUCAACUCCCAACCAGCGAGUCCACAUUGGAGGCGAUGCAGCCCACGUCCACUCUGUCCUCGGCGCCUUCGGCCUCAACUCCUCUAUCUACGACGCCGCAAACCUAUCCUGGAAACUCGGUCUCGCAGCUCGUGGCUUCGCAUCCCCCUCCAAAAUCCUCCCCACCUACGACGCCGAGCGCCGCAUCUUCGCCAACCACGUCAUCCGUUUCUCGGGCGCUUGGUUGCGCUUCCUUUCUCAACUCGACCUGCCCCUCGCCGCGCUCCGCGGCAUGGGAGAUGACCUCGAGGUCCACGACCAGGAAAUGCCUCCCCUGGGGACUAUGAGCCCCGAUGAUGCGAGAGGGUGGCUGAGACGGUUCUUUGGGAAGAUUCCAAGGUUUAAUCAAGGGUUGGGCAUUCCGUCCGUGGAUACGGUGUUGAGUCCGGCCAUAAGCGAGGAGGAGAUGAAGAAGAGGAAGGGGAGGAGGGUUGUGAGUUUAAUCAAUGGGGCUAGAGCGCCGAAUGUGAGGGUCUGCUUUGACGCUGCGAAGACGGCGUACUUGUAUGAUGCUAUGAUGGGCGUUGGGAAGUUCCAUGUCCUGAUUUUUACGUCAGAUUUGCAGGGCCAUGUUCGCGAGAGGCUUGGCCUUCUCUCGACUCAGGGGUUCGCAAAGGGGGGAUUCUUCAACAAGUUCGGUGGGAAGGAAAUGUUCAAUGUCGUGCUUGUCACCAAGGCUCUCCCGCAUGACGCUGAUGACCUGCUGCGUGAUGAAGAGAUGAAGAGUCUGGCCGAAGUUUCAACGGUGGUCUAUGAUGAUCGGGCGCCAGAUGAGGAUGCACACUAUGUCUACGGGGUGAACCAUGCUAGGGGUGGUGUAGUGGUUGUGAGACCAGAUUUGAUCGUGGGCAUGAGCACAUGGCCCGAAAACACGGGGGCUGUGGACAAGUAUUUGUCGUCUUUCUUGAUUGCUUCGGCAUGA